AUGAAGCGGCGGGCGCGAGCGAACUCAUUCGGCGGCGACGAGGGCGGAAAGGCAGGAGGGGGAGACGAAGGCCGAACCGAGAAAGACGGGAGUCUCCGACGGCGAGAAUGCAGCGGCAUCGUCGUCCUGCCGUCUAUGGCGGAGACCGUCCAGCGCCUCCUCGCAGACGCAGGAAUUGAAAAACGCGAUGAGCGCGUCGUCCAUCUCCUCGUCGACCUUCUCCAAAGAGCGACCUUGGAUCUGCUAGCCGACGCUACUCAGAUUGCGGACUACCGCCAGAACGCAGCAGCGCGUCCGGGUUCUUCAGAGAAGCGUCAAGAGAGCGCGCAGGCCAGACUCCCGCCGGAAGCGGACUCAGAUCAGAGGGGGGGCGGCCGAGCAGCGCCUUCUCGCGCACCAGCCUCCAUGUGCAUCGAAGAAGAAGACGCCAAGGUCGCCGUACAGGAGUACACGCAGAGAUAUGUCGUCCAACCCAACGUAGUUCUGGACGGCGCUCGGCUGUGCAGCCUGAGCAACAGCCUGGCGUGUGGACAGUCGUCGGCGGCGGAGUUGAUUCUCCAUCGGGCGACGGCCCCCGGGGGGAGUGCGCGCGCCGGCGCCUCGACGUGUUCACUGUUUGGCGAGUCUUUCGCGCUUCUCCCUGUGGAAAACUCCGCGUCUUCAGCUGCCCCCAGUGGACCUGCGGGGGUCUCGGGAGGGGCGGCCGAGUCGACUUUCCCUCCGGCGUCUGGCGGGGGCUUUGGUCCGGGCGCGUCUCCGAAGGCAUCGUCGGCGGGCGAGUCUGGCGGCGCCUUCGCCGCUGCCGGCGCGCACGCAAUUGUCGCCAACGCAACGAACAAAAACGUUCUGGGAAGCGCUCCACAGGGCCUGCCGCCGUAUCUCCCUGAAGACGUCAGCGUGAGCACGCUCCUGCCCUCCUGGUCGCUCCGGCUCAGCGCCUGCAGCAGCCGGCCGCGACCCGAGGGCGCCGACGCCGCGCGACACCGACGGGCGCGCGCGCCUGGGCGCGACGAAGGGAUCCUCGCCGCCGCUACAGGAUCGCUCGGAGACGCCACACUCAACGGCGCCAACGCAGAAGAAGAGGACGAACCCGCGACGACCAACAACGCUGGAGGACUCGACAACGAAGAGCACGGGGACCGGACUGAGACCAGCGGCGGAGCCUGGGCUCUGUUUGGAGGCGGCGACGACGGAGGCGACAUUGGAGCUGAACUCUCUUUCUGA